AUGACAACUAAUAGAAACAAUAACAAUAACAUAGAUAUAGUCAAUGGCAUUAAUUAUGGAAGUGAAUUUGAACCUGAGGAGAAUCCACCAUCAUAUGCAGAUGUAAUAAAAGAAGAAGAAAGAGAGCAACAAUUGGACGAUACUAAUAAUGGUAAUAGCACUAAUAACUCACAUAUUUCUUAUCAAAGACCAUUAGAUACACCACCAACUAUACCACAGAGAGUAACUAGUAAUACAAGUUAUACAAGACCACAAGUCCCACCACCACGUUCAUCUUCAUCGACACCUUCAUCACUCUAUUCUAGACCGCCACCACCACCACCACAACCUGAAAGAAAUUAUUAUAACACUAUGCCAGUAUCUGGUCCACCUAUCCCAAAUUAUAAUGUUAACUACAAUAGCACCUAUCCUGCACCUGUCACACAAUUUAUCCCACCACCUCAACCUUUAACUGUUUUACCGGGAGAUCCAAGAUUGGGAGGCCAAUUAUGUCCCAAAUGUGGGGGUACAGGUCGAGUUAGUCAUUUUCUCGAUUUUAAACUAUGUAAAAGGUGCAAGGGUAUUGGUAGAAUUAAUAUAUAG